GUUUUUAAUCAGUUCCAGGUUUGAAAGGAAACUACCAAUAUGAAGAGCUUGCUGAUUAUCAGUUUCGGUCUGUGCCUUUUGGGUGUAACCAUCGCUCAUCCCUCCUUGCUCUCGAAUCUAACCAGCACUCUUUCCACUCUGGUCAGCAAUGUGCAAAGCCAACUAUCCAGCUUGAUCAGCACAGUCGACACCGCUUUGAGCAAUGCCGCCAGCUCCUCGAGCUCCCUGGCUUCUACUUUGACUGCGAGUCUAACCGACGCCCAAACAGCCAUCCAGAAUGCCCAAUCGGCCUUGAAUACCAUCGUUGCCAACGGUUUGACGUCUGUGGGUUCCAGCCUGACUUCUGACCUGAGUAGCGCUACUAACCAACUAUCGGGCGCGAUUGGCGAUGUGAACGCCAUCGUCAGCCAAAUCGUCGCAGUUGGAGAUGAUGUGUCGAGCGAUUUGAUCUCUGAAUUGAACAACGCUACCGCAAAUCUGACCAGCCUUACAUCGACCGUUGCAACGGAAACUUCUUCGGUGAUUGGCUCGGUCCUGUCUAACAUCAAUGGAUUGCUAUUCGGUUAGGCAUAUAAAAAUGAGUGAAUAAAUAUGCUUGAACAUUU